AUGAUAUCGUUACUAAGUUGCAUUAUCGGCCCCGAAUAUAGCGUUAAAGUCUGCACUAUUGGUACUGUGAUAAAUCGUUCUGCUUAUACGAGUGACUAUUGUCAAUUGGAGGGUUCGGCUGGUCGUCAAACCCAACCUAUGCCCAUACGAUGGAUGGCUUGGGAAAGUGUUUUAUUGGGUAAAUUUAACUCAAAAUCAGAUGUCUGGUCGUUUGCGGUAACACUAUGGGAAAUAUUAACAUUUGCGCGAGAACAGCCGUAUGAACAUUUAAAUGAUGCUAAAGUUAUAGAAAAUAUAGGACAUAUCUAUCAAGAUGAUAAUCAAUAUCAACUUUUACCCAUACCGGCGAAUUGUCCCCGUGAAAUUUAUGAUUUAAUGUGUGAAUGUUGGCAGCGCAAUGAAGCAAAUCGUCCUAAUUUUAGAGAAAUACAUUUGUUUUUGCAAAGAAAAAAUUUAGGAUUUAAACCAACCUUAAUGACUUAUUAAAUUAUAGUUACGAAUUUAACACUUACAACAACAGCAACAAAAAUAUCACUAAUGGAAAAUUAAAAUAUCAAUUAAGAAUUGAAUUUUUUU